CUUGCUGAAUGGCCGUCUGGAGGGAAUUUCGGAGUUAACAAAGUCCACGAACAAGCUAAAUAAGUGAAAGAAAAGAAGAGAUAAAUAUGAUGAAGUGAUUCUGCAUCAAACUACAGAAUAGCUUUGCACAUUUUGCAAGCUACAUGCUAGCAUUAAAAUUCAAACGGUGUUUAGCUAACUGAGUGAGCAUCCUGUAGGAAACGCUAAGAGGACGAAAUGUGGAAACUGAAUCCAGUAGAAGCUGGAGGAAAAAUAUACUACCUGCUACCAGGUGAAACGUAUGUGGUGGGUCGCAAAAACUGUGAAGUGCUUCUCCAGAAUGACCAGUCAAUCAGCCGGAUUCAUGCGCACCUCACAGUGAGCUCUCCGAACGGUAGCCAGAACGAGCCCGCAACUUUAACGCUGAAGGACAGCUCCAAAUAUGGCACCUUCGUCAAUGGCGAGCGCUUGGCAAAUGAAGCACCAAAGGUUUUGCGGUCUGGGGAUAGGGUGACAUUCGGGGUCUUCCUCAGCAAGUUCCACGUGGUGUACGAGCCCUUGGUGGUGUGCUCCUCCUGUGUGGACAAUGAGGGGAAGGCAGCACUGUUGCGGGGCGUUCAGCAGCUGGGCGGCCAGCUGGUCAACAGCUGGACGCAGCACUGCACUCACCUGGUCAUGCCCUCCGUUAAGGUCACCAUCAAGACAAUCUGCGCCCUCAUAUGCUGUCGGCCGAUAGUGAAGCCGGAGUUCUUCUCUGAGCUGAGGAGAGCUCUUCAGCAGAAACAGCCCCCACCUAAACCUGAGAGUUUUUACCCUGAAAUAGAUGAGCCCAGUUUAAAUAAAGAGGACGUGGACCUGAACGCCAGGCCUGCUCGGAAGAGCCUGUUUAGAGGAAAGACCUUCAUCUUCCUCAGCGCCAAACAACAAAAGCGUCUGAGUUCAGCGGUGGCAUUCGGAGGGGGGCAGAGCCAGCUCCUGGAGGAGGGGUCUCUGCCUGUGUCUGUUCUGGAGUCGACAGGAAGCUGCGUGGUUGACGUUGCGACAAGCAACUCUCAGGCGCUCCUUCCGGCUGCCACCAAGAAGUGGAGCGACUCCGUGGCGCAGGUUCUGAAGAGGAAAGGCCUUCGUUUUAUUGCUGAGUCAGAGAUCGGACUUGCUGCCAUUUACGUCACCACUGACAAAUACUGCAAUCCUCUGUCACAGAUAGAUUCAGAGAGAGUAACGAUGAAUCCCACAAUCCCCAGCGCAACAAUGUCUCAGAGCACCGCUGUGGAUGAGACAGUGCUGCCUGCGGCCUCGCAGAACGUCACAGCCUACGCCCCGGACACAGAACCGUCCCAGGGCAUCAACAGCAGCAGAAUGAACACCAGCACCAGCGGUGUCAGAGCGGUGGCCGAAACUCCAGAGAAGGAGCAGCGGCGGGCCGGGUCAUCCAGCAGGGCCGCUGCGGCAAAGGACCCAGCCGUCACGUGCACCGUAGCAGAGUCCAUGAUGUCAUCAUACAGCGCCAUAGGCGCUGCAAGCCUCGAGACCAAGAGAGAGAGAGCUACGCUUGCACCUAGAUCAAACAAUGACAACUUUCCUGCCCCAAAACCUGCCCUGAAUAAUGGGAACAAAAACAAGUCCCCCCAGAAGCAGUCCAACUCCCUCACAAAUUACUUCCAGCCUGUUAGCAAGAAAAGAACACGGGAGGGUAGCGACCCCGCUGAUCAGUUAGAAGCCAAGCACUCCAGGAGGGAGGGGGAGGGGCCGGAGGAGAGCACGUCCGCCCCCCAGCACAAUAACCCUUGGAAACGGACCCCACAGGCCACUUCAGCGUCUGAGCCCUUCCUGGCAGCACCUGCACUAAAGGGUGACGGGCCGGGCCCAAGCCUGAGUCUCAGUGCGGGCCCAUCGAGGGAGGCGGAGCGGGACUCCGAGGCUGGCUGGACGCCCUCGUCAAAGAAGAGGAAGGGAAUGGAGGCACCCGACCCAGUGGAGGAUCUGGAGAUGGAUGACUUGGAGUCCAUCAUGUCUCUUCCCAUGGAGGAGCCAGGGGAGCCCGCCACGUCUAGUAAAAAGCAGCGUUUGGAGCCCGUGGCUAAAGUGAAGCAGGAAGAGGUGUCUUUCACAGAGGCCUCCAAACCAGAGCAAGGGCUGAUCUCACUGAAGCAGAAUAAAUCUGAACACAAAACUCUGUCAGUAAAAGGAGAAACCAAGGACUCCAGAGGCGAGGACGGGGAGGACCUCCCCCGGAACCUGCUGAUGGUGGAGUUUAAGUCCCUCGUCGUGAGCAGCGCCCCGAGGCCGAGGACGAGCGCCCUGCAGGCCCUCGACGCAAACAGGAAGAACUUCAAGAAGUUCAGAAAGGUACCCGUGCCAGGAACGAACGGUCUCCCCAAUAUCAUCGGCGGGUCCGACCUGGUGGCCCACAACCGGGCAAAGAACUCGGAGCUGGAGGAGUGGCUACGGGAGGCGGCAGAGGAGGAACAGCAGAACAGCAAGGAGGAGAUGCUUGGGGACGACCUCUUCAGAUACAAUCCCAAACCCUCCAGGAGACGAUGAGAGUAGGAAAGCUGGCCUUGCAGAAUGGCAUCUGCAAUUUCAGUACAUUUCAGCUUUAAAUGAAGUCACAGUUCAUAUUUUUCUCACCAUAGUCCUGUCAUUUUCACUCUUCUGUUAAGCAUAUCUUUUUUUUUCGGACAUGUACAGUAGACUAUUAAAAACACCCCAGAUCAUCUAACACAGCCAAAAGACCCAGGCUGAUGUCCCUCUUUCUGGCAGUUACAGCAUACCUUACCAUAAGCAUGUUUGAGUUGUCUAGGCUGUAACACCUAGCAGACUAAUUUCAUUAAUACCCCACCCCGUUCCCCAACUGCGUUUACUCAAUUGGAGAGUUACU